CUCAACUUAGAUAACUUGGAAAAUGGCUAACAACUACGUUGAGGUUGGACCAUGGGGCGGUAGCGGUGGAGCAAAUCCAUGGUCAAUCAUACCCAAUGGUGGUAGGAUUACUCGGAUAAACGUCCGUAGUGGAGCUAUUGUUGAUGCCAUCUACUUUGGCUACACGGAAGGUGGUACCAACUACGAGACUGCCAUUUUUGGUGGUCGUAAUGGCAGCCUUUCUACGAUUGACAUUGCCGACGAUGAGGAGAUCAUCGAGAUUAACGGAAAAGUGGCAACUUUUGAGAACCUAAACCUUGUCACGCAAUUGACUUUCGUGACCAACAAACAAACCUAUGGACCAUAUGGCACGAAUGGAGGGACAGAUUUCUCUUGUCCUAUAGCUAAAGGUAAGGUUGUUGGAUUCUUUGGAAGAUACGGUGCCUACCUGGACGCUAUUGGCGUCGUACUUAGUCCCUAGUAGGGAUCUAAUCAUGCCAAUAAUUACCGGUGGCAUGCCUGAUGCUAUAAGCGGUACCUAGUUAUGUCAAAUAAACAUGACAGUGGAGUUCAUUGUAUGUUUGCUUUGAGUUCUGUUUCUUGUUUCCCAAUGUAUGUGUCCAUGUAAUAAUUAAAAUAAAGCACCCGUAUGGUGCAUGUGCUAUAUAUAAUCGUGUACUCACUCUUAAAAACAAA